AUGGCACAACUCGACCUGAAGAUUCCAAGCCUCAAGCUGCCUGAUGGCAAUGAAAUUCCAGUGCUUGCCUAUGGCACUGGAACUGCUUGGUUCAAGAAGCAACCUGGCGAUACGGACAAGAAGCUUGUCGAAUCGAUCAAAACUGCAAUCGGCAUGGGAUACUAUCAUCUUGAUGGAGCUGAAGUCUACAACACCGAAUUGGAACUCGGCAAGGCAAUCAAGGAGAGUAGUAUAGCUCGCGAGAAGCUUUUCGUGACAACAAAAUGUAACAAUACCACAAGCAAUAUCCAGGAACAUUUCGAUGAAAGCCUGAAAAAGCUUGGCCUUGACUAUGUCGAGCUGUACCUGCUGCAUCAGCCGUUCGAUGCGAAAGGUGACAAGACUAUCUUGCAGAAGGCCUGGGCAGCGAUGGAACAGAUUGCGGCCUCAGGCAAAGCCAAAUCCAUUGGUGUCAGCAACUUCCUUCAACCACACAUCGAGGCUAUCCUGGAGACCGCUCAAACACGACCUGCGAUUAACCAGAUUGAAUAUCACCCUUAUCUUCAGCAUGGUGACCUGAUUGCCUACCACAAGGCCAAGGACAUUCGGCUAUCAGCUUAUGCUCCACAAGUACCUGUCACGAAAGUGCCCGAGGGACCUUUGACACCUCUUCUUGACAAGCUUUCAAGGAAAUACGCGGUGAACCCUGGAGAGAUUCUGCUUCGCUGGGUGUUGGACCAGGACAUUGUCGCCAUCACUACAUCGUCCAAGGAGCAGCGUAUGAGCGACAUGCUACGCACUGUGACCUUUACGCUCACGCCCAAGGAGCUGAGUGAUAUCAGCGAAGUGGGCAAUAGCUUCCACUAUCGCGCCUUUUGGACACAUAUUUUUGAUGCCAAAGAUAGAUCAUAG